AUCUUGGCGGCGGAGCGAUGAACGGGUCGAACCCGAAGACUGCGGCCGCAGGAUCGGCGGCGGGGCCCGGGGGGCUGGUGGCUGGCAAGGAGGAUAAAAAGAAGACGGGCGGCGGCGUCCUGAACCGGCUGAAGGCGCGACGGCCGGCGCCCCAUCCCGCGGCGGACGACGGCGGCGGGACCGCGGUCACGGAGCAGGAGCUGCUGGCGCUGGACGCCAUCCGGCCCGAGCACGNCUUAAAAACAUCAAAAAAGCUAGAAAAUUAUUUGUGUAAACCUGAAGACAACGUGUACAGUAUUGACUUUACUCGCUUCAAAAUUCGAGAUUUGGAGACAGGGACAGUGCUUUUUGAGAUCGCCAAACCUUGCAUUUCAGACCAAGAGGAAGAUGAGGAGGAGGGUGCAGAGGUGGAUAUCAGCGCGGGGCGUUUCGUCCGCUAUCAGUUCACACCAGCAUUUCUCCGCCUCCGGACAGUUGGUGCCACGGUGGAGUUCACAGUGGGAGACAAACCUGUGUCAAAUUUCCGGAUGAUUGAGCGUCACUAUUUCCGGGAACGCUUGCUGAAAAACUUUGACUUUGACUUCGGGUUCUGUAUCCCCAGCAGUAGGAACACUUGUGAACAUAUCUAUGAAUUUCCACAGCUGUCUGAGGAUGUCAUUCGUCUGAUGAUUGAAAAUCCUUAUGAGACCCGUUCUGACAGCUUCUACUUUGUUGACAACAAGCUGAUUAUGCACAACAAGGCCGAUUAUGCCUAUAAUGGAGGCCAGUAACUGUUGAGGGAGUAGACAGGGGUCGCACUUUACUGUGGCCAUGUGGUCCUAGCACAAGAAGGGAAUUGCAGCUACUGUUUUGUCAACACCCGUUGGAGUCUGGUCCAGGAAGCUAUAGCCAGGGUGACAGUUUUCUGUGCUCCAAGAAAGUGCCAAGCAGCACUGUUUCUUCCCCAGGAUUUCUCUUCCCUUUUCCCCCUGCCCCUUAGAUCACAGAGCUAUUUUAGUAAAGGAUUAGAGUAAGGCUCCUGGAAUCCGGGUAAGAAGAGAAAAGUUUUGUUUCCCUGUAGUUCUAGUUGCCUGCUGGUUAUCCUGACAAGCUGUCUCUAGACAAAGCUGCUGCUGGUAAAGGCUCUGGCUGGCCCUCCUCUGUGUACUUCCUCCACUUGCUUCCAGUGUUGCCGUCACUGGAGCCUGCCCUCAGCCUGCAUAUCGUCUCAGACCACCCGGAAGAAACUUGAAUGCAGCUGGAGAGAAGGUAGUGCAAGAGCUGAGGCACCAGGAGGUGCUGGCAAACUGAAAAGCCUGUUUUGUGCAGAGGUGACCGAUGCGUGUGACUUCACAGGAUCCUCAGCCAGGCUGAGGUUUUAGCCUGGCAGUGCCUUCUUACUUUCACUCCAGAGGACAUAACGAGCUUGCUCUGCUCUGCUUCUCAGGUCUUGAUUUUAGAACAUCCCCUGAAGUAGAAUGUGUCAGUUUUGAUCAUGGAACCUACUGUCGCUUGAGACCAGAGCAGGCCUCUUAUAUUUUGGAUUUUUUAUGUUUUCAGGCUGCUUUUGGGGAGUCUUUACAAGAUGUCAGUGGCGGUCCCAGCACCUGUGAUGUGUAUUUAGAAUUUAUAAUAGUAUUAAUUGCCUUCUUGGGUUUAUCUGGCUCACAUUGGUUGAAAUACAGUUGCAAACCAUCUGUUGUAAAGAAAUGUAAUAUUUGGUACAGAGCAGAGCCUGGAGCUUUGGCUUUGAAUAGGGAUUUCCCUUUCUAAUUGAAGUAGUCUCUAGAACCAUCUGGUAGGUCAGAUCUAAGUAACCCUUCGUGCUGUGGGCAGUUGUUUGAGGUGUUAGGAGAGGCCUGUUAGAACCAUAUGUUCUCGGAACAGCUUCUGGUAUUUCCUGUGGGCUACAUGUGUCCUCAGAUCCUCAGUGGACAGAUUCUCCCCUUCUCUGCUCCCUAGGUUAUCCAUGUGGAUGGCUUUAGGUGCUGAGCCCAGAUGUCAUGACCCUCCAUGUGACCAAGGUCCUGAUUGAAAAUUGUCUGCGGGUAGGGAGCAGAUCUGAGGUUAGUCACAGUGAGGCAUCUCAGUACCAGGGCUGUGCCCCAGCAUACUUGGGGAAAAACCCUGUGGGGCCAGGGAGGCUAAGCUGACACUUUGUCCCAACGCCCCUCUGCAUUCUUCUAGGGCUUAGUGCUCUGUCUGGCCAGAGAAUCAGAGAUGCCACAUGCUGGCAGCAUGAGGGAGAGAAAAGAGAAGCAUCCUUUUGCCACUUUAUCAGCAGUCUGGUGAAUCUCAGAACUGGAGUCAGCUCUAACCCCGGUGCCUUAAAUGUGAUUCCAUCUGUCUGCUGCUGGGCAAGGCCACAGUUCCAUCAUUCCUCCUUGCCUGCAGACAGACAUCACUUCUGGCUCUUCUAAUGGGAUUUGUGUUCUCCCUUUGCACCCUCUCUUCUCUGCUGCAGAAGCUCAGUUGGGAGUAUCUGUAAUUUGAUAUAUAAAAUACUACCUAGAGUGUGUUUUCCAUA